CUGGCAAAUGAUUUUUGGACGCCUUUAGACCGCACAUCAGUUGAGCGACCGGUUGUAGGGUCAGACGAUACGACACAGGACCCUAACGAGACACAAGUGAGCGUAGAUUCUCAACAUGUACUACAUAAGUUACCGGUUGUAGGGUCAGACGAUACAACACAGAACUCUAACGAGACACAAAUGGGCGUAGAUCCUCAGCAUGUAGUACGUGAGCCACCGAUUGUAGGGUCAGACGAUACGACACAAGAUCCUAUGGAGACACAAGAUGGUGUAGAUUCUCAGCAAUUUGGAUCAUCAGCACAAUCAGUGCCUGAGACUUCACAUCAUAGCGGUUCUUCACGGGUGCCGCGUAUGUUACGGGGUGGAAAAGUUCACACAAUAGAUGAGCAGGGUAGAAGGAAUGUUAGGACUGUUGGUAGUCCUAAGGACAUAUGGCACAUACCUGAUGGGGAAAGGAUAGUGAUCCAAUUCAAUGCCGCACACCAACCAAUGGGCCCGGGUAGCGAGAAAUUUAGAAGAAUCUGUGGGAAGAUCGUAAGAAAUGGUCGUUUUAUCCAUUUGCAUGGUAACUGGAGGAAGUUACCACCAGAAGGAAAGGAACAGAUGUGGCUCACCCUAACGAAAAAAUUCUAUAUGGAGCCUGUUCACAACAUCGUGAACAUAAAAAGACUAACGUUGAGGGACCUCGCAACAAAAAGAAGGCAGUUCAGGCACGAGGUCAAGAAAAGUGUGAAUUUGCAAGAAACAGAUACCGUAGAAUCUGUGGUUCGUAGGGCGGUGACAGAGCAAAUUUUUGAUUCAGAAGACUUUGAAAUGCAAGUUGAUAGGUGGUUGUCUUCGGCUGAUAAGGCGAAUUCAUUGAAGGCCAAGAUGAGCCGUAGCUGCAACGCAUUUCUUCAUACUCUGGGAUCGAAGAGCGUUGCACGAGAAAUGGAGGAAGACACAGGUGAAACCCCGAACCGAGACGAUAUGUUCAUUGUCUCGCAUACCAAGAAAGAUGGGACCCCUAUGAAUGUAACGGCUGGGGAAGCUAUGGCGAAGAUAAAGGCAAUUAUCGAAAAUCAGUCGCCUUCAGGACGAGAAAGUUCACAGGGGUCGGUAUAUUGGUCGCACAACGAUGCGUGCGCACAAGUGCUAGGACGGGAACAUUCCGGACGUGUACGAGGGGUGGGGCUAGGGCCGACUCCCGGUAAAUCCUCCUCUUAUUCCUUCGAACAAGGAUCAAUAUCUAGUGCGCCUACUUCCAGAGAAAUAGAGAUGUCUGCUGAGGUAGAACGCUUGAGGAAUUUGUGCGAAGAGCAAAACACUAAAUAUGCAGCGCAACAGCAAGAGUUGGAAAGUGUCAAACGUAUGGUAGCCAUGAUUAUGGCGGGAAAAGUACCAUCAACAGAAAACAACCAAGAAGAUGAUGUCUAG